UCCGACAACAGCUGACAGCAGGCAGCGCCGACAACAGACUCAUAAAAAAGCUCAUCACAAACAACACAUAACACAAACGAUAAUAACCAAAUAAAAAUUAAUAUAUAAAUAUAAAUAGAUACUAACAACACACGGGGAAUAACACUGAGCAGCACGAUGUCGGAGGACAAGCAAUUUAUAAGGCGCGGCGACAGCAAGGACACCAUACACAAGACACAGGAGGUGGACAUCUACCGGGACACCUUCAUCCGCUAUAUGGGUGAGAGAAUCGAUGUGCCCGAUUCUGGCAAGAAUUCACAGAAGACUGAUGUUGGUGAUGUGUCCACAGGUUAUAGCAACGAAAUUGGAGAAUCCUUCCGCCCGCUGGUGCCCAAAUCUCUGGUGGCAGCCUCAUACGGCAUGGCCAUCGGUUACGUCUGCACGGACACCUUCGACAAGGCGCUGCGCCUCCAAAUGGAGGGGGCAUCCACCAAAGAGGUGGCCAUCAAGGGCGCGGAUGUAUUCGCCUGGCAGAUGAUGGCCUCCGUGGCUAUACCCGGACUGGUCAUCAAUCGUAUCACCUGGGCCACGCGUUCACUCCUUACUCGGGCUCCCGUGGCCGUCCUCAAGACCGUGCCCACGCUGGUGGGUCUGGUCAGCAUUCCGCUGAUCAUCCAUCCCAUUGAUAGCCUCGUGGAUCGCUUAAUGGAUGCCACUUUCCGCAGGGUGGUGAGAUAGUCGAUAACUCAUUGGAGGAGCAGCGAGGACCCGCCAGCGCAUAUACUAAUAUCCCGGUGAUAGAUGAGUUUUCAGGUUCGAAACCGUUUGUAUUAACUGUAGCCUAGCUGAGCUUUAACCCAAGAAUCCAGCUACCUUCACA